AUGAGUCAGCAUAAUUUCUGGAGGGGAUUAACACCAAUAGCUAUAUCACCGUCACAGCAAGUACCUGAUAAAAUUGUAAAGCUAUGUGCAGUGAAUGCAGACUUUAUUGUCCUAGGCAAUGACCAUGGCCUGUACCACUGUGAGAUUAUAGAGGAUUGUUUGAAUUUAAAAAAGAUUACCGGCAUUUCAGCAAUAGACAUAUCAUAUCAUAAUGAUAUUCUCUACGUCAUAGACGUCCACGGACGGCUGUAUAAGACAAAUAUUAGUUUUAAAAAUAAAGAAGAAAUUAUUGUUAAGGAAGACUCAAAAUGUUGUCCUCACGGUUUUAAAAGUUCCAGUUAUAAAGUGAAGUUCAGAAAUGUAGUGACAAGUGAUUUUGGGCAGUUGUUUAUAAGCAGUGAUGGGCAGCUUUGGGGGUCUGGUAUUAUGCCCCAAAUAGCGCUUGAUACUCACAGUAUUAAGAAAAUUCCAUUUUUUGAAGGUAGAACAGUGUAUAGUGCAUCAGUAGGUCAGAACUUUGCUGCUGUUAUAGCUCGAAAAAAUGUAAGACGCUCAGGCAACUGUGAUACAGAAAGUGAUAAUGAUGAUGAUGAAGAAGUAUUUGCAUCAAAUUGCUCUCAGUGUCAGACAAUAAUAGGCCUAGCAUCGCCUGCAUCCAUGCCAUCACUGUCAGAAACCUGUCCCUUAGGUGUCCAAAUUAGUAAGUCAAGUGAAGAUUCUAGUAGUACUACAGCUCCACAAACUGAUGUUCACAUUGAUGCUCACAGCCUGACAGAAGAUUCUAGUCCCUCAUCUGAGGAAUCUAAAAUUGCCAGAACCAAUUGUCAGAAAGUUACAGAUGAUAACUUCCAUGAUGCUAAUUCUACAGAAGAUUGUGAAAAUCAGACAGAUAAAGGAAGUGAAACAGAUGAAGCUUCUGAAGAGAAAAUUAAUAAUAUUUUUAUCAAUACUGAUGCUGCUAGACAAUUUUUAAGCAGACAGCUUUCAUGGGUUUCAGCAGGUGAAGAUUACAUAGUAGAAUACACAGAAAAACCAACAAGAAUUAUAAAGGAAAAUGUAUCAAACCUCACUAACUUUGUUUAUGAAGGUGUAAAGACUGUGGGUGAUAAAGUUGCAACAUUAUCACGACAUGUAAGUGGCAGCAGUGAUAAUAAUGAUGCUGUGGAACUGCAAAUGCGACUCCAUAAUGAUGAAAUAAAUUCCCUCAUGUACAGUUGUGCUUCUAAUUGCAAUGCAGAUGAUUUGCAGUUUUCUACAAGUACAAUAAGUAGUGAAAAAGAGUUUGAAGAUGCUAGAAAAAAUGAGAAUCUGAAAAAUAUGACUAAACUUGGUAAAAAUAUUUUAGCCACAGAGCUGUGGACUUGGGGUGAUAUAUCAUAUGGGCAAUUAGGCAUAGGAGACACAGUAAAGAGAUUAAAACCAAUGGUUGUAAUGAGCCUAUCAGGAUUUGGUCUACAGAAAGUGUCUUGUGGCAAAUGGCAUUGUUCAGCCUUGACACUUGAUGGGAGACUCUUCAUGUGGGGCUAUAACCAGUUUCAUCAGGUUAGUUUUGAUUCUAGAGAAGAUAAAAGUGGUCCUAACCAAUUUAAGGAAAACUCUGACAGUGACAGAGUGAGAGAUAUGAUUGCAACGGACCAUCACACUCUAGCAUACACACAUAAUGAAAACAUUUUCUAUAUGGGAAAGCAUACUGAGGGGUACACAGUGUCUAUAGUUAAUUUAAAUGUUCAAAAAGAUGAGGAAGAAAAUGAAAAGCACAUAGACAACAAUGUGAAAAUAAAUGACAUCCAAAACUUUACAAGUAAACCCCAAAACAUGUGUUACCAUUGGAGAAUAUUAUCAUCUGGUAACAUCAGCUAUUGCUCAAUAGAAGAUUCCUCCAAAUGUCCAGAAUUCCAGGAUUUAUCUAUUGCUCAAAGAUAUCUAGAAGAAAUGCUUUUGAUAUAUCAUAAUCUAGUAAAACCUUUUCUUAAAAAAAGCAAAUUUGUAACUACACAUUCCAAUAUUUAUGAAACUGCUUGUGAUAUUUUUGGUGACAUAUUGAACGUAACUUCUUUGAAUGUUCUCUCAAUGUGGCAAUACGCCGAAAAGCAUAUAAACGAAUGUGAUAUUUCUUUGAUAAAAAACUUAGAAGAGUUUAUUUAUUUGUACAGAAAGUAUUACGUAGCUGUAAGUAAUUUGAUCGUGAUCAGCGGUUUCUCUCAGAUUAACAGUGUUGUAGACGUUCCCUCUAGUGUAUAUAAUUUGUUUAGUGAUCAACUACCGACUAAUAAACAAAAGAACAAUAAAAAAACAUUAGAAGCCAUAGUAGGACUUGCGUUUGUUCAACCUCUAACAAGAUUGAGCUCUUACAAAUGCAUUGCUCAAUCGCUACUGAGGUAUAAGACCAAAAGAAAAAAAGUCGAUGUGAAAACUAAUAUAGAGGAAAGGUUAAACAAAGUCAAAACCUCUUUAGAUUCUUUAAUCGAUGAACAAGAAAAGAAACGGAAAGAAGCUGAUGUCACAAAAUUGUUUUGGGAAACAAUAGGCAAAAGUCUUGAGCAAUAUCGAACACCAGAAAGGCGGUUAGUGAGGGAAUCAAAAUCUAGGCCACUGAAUCUAGUGAAUCCUGGACGGUUUUCCUCCCAUUGGUUUAUUUUAUUCAACGAUCUUUUCGUUCACGUCAUUGGCAGUACUCCUAGCGUUCAUCCUUUGGUGACAAUGUGGGUUGAGCCUGUGCCGAACAGUGAUUCACAUCAAAACGUGAUUCAGCUCACGACACCUGAAGAAAUUAUAUCAGUUUCAACUAGCACGGAACAGGAAAAGACAGAGUGGAUUCAUGGUAUAAACAAUUCCAUAAGACUGGCUUUGAACAAAGAAAACUUUAAACCACCUGCUGUACGAACAGCCAGUUAUACAUUUUCAAAUAAAAAUAUUUUUUACAAAGAUGCGAAAUACACUGGAAGAUGGUUGGACGGAAAAAUCCAUGGGCACGGAAGAGUGGAAUGGCCCGACGGCAAGUUUUACGUUGGACAAUUCCAGCUCAACUUAUUAUGUGGACAUGGAAAAAUGGAGAUCCCUGGAGUUGGCAUCUACGAGGGCCAAUGGAAAGACAACCUCCAGAACGGGUACGGUGUUAUGAAAUUCACCACGGGAGAUAUCUAUGAAGGUUACUUCAAGGACGGCCAGCCCCACGGCCAUGGGAUAAAAAAGCAAGGGGACUUCACGACAUCCUUAGCUACGAUAUAUACUGGGGAAUGGAAUAACGGGGUCAAGCAAGGGUAUGGGGUCAUGGAUGAUAUAGGAAAAGGGGAAAAAUAUUUGGGCAAUUGGAGCGAUAAUAAGAAGCAUGGAUGUGGGCUGAUUGUGACAUUGGAUGGAAUUUAUUACGAAGGGCUAUUCAUGCAGGAUACAUUGACAGGCCAUGGAGUAAUGGUAUUCGAAGAUGGCACUCACUACGAGGGCGAGUUUAGAUCAGCUGGCGUGUUCUCAGGCAAAGGAAUACUUACUUUUUCUAGUGGAGAUAAGAUCGAAGGUUCUUUGAGCGGUGCGUGGACGGAAGGAGUCAAGAUAUCGAAUGCGACCAUGCAUUUAAACGUUUCUAAUCCCGUGCCACCAAGCAAUUCGAAACCUACCUCCUUUGGCAAAUUGAGUGUAGCUCCCAAUCAAAAAUGGAAUGCCCUCUUCCGCCAAUGCUUUCAAUGUUUAGGGGUCUCAGAAUCCAUUCUCACACCUACUGGCAAUCAUUUUGCUAAUGGGCCAUCCGGCAAUGUCAUAGACAAUAUAAAAAUUUGGCAAAAUGUUGCCGUGGCGAUAUCCUGCUCCCAUAAAGAAAGAAAUAAAAUGUCCAUGAAAAGGAAAGGCAGCGAUUUUGAGAAGUCAGUUGACCUCUUAGAAGUGAUACCAGAGUUUGGUCAGAAGACAUUGAAUUUGGAAAGUUAUUUGGAGGUUAAACAGUAUCUGUACAAUGCUUGUGAAUCCACCCAUCAUCCUUUAGGCCAGCUCGUCUUAGGCCUAACAAACGCGUUCAAUACCACCUACGGUGGCGUGCGAGUACAUCCCUUGCUCCUCAGUCAUGCUGUGAAGGAACUCAAGAGUAUCACAAGUCGGUUGUAUCAGGUCGUGAGGCUGUUGUUCCCAGCUCUUCCUCCAGAGGGAGCUGAUGCUGUAUUAUCGUUAACUGACGGAGAAAUUGAGGAAACUAAUCCUAUUGACGGUGAGGUGGUAUCAGCAGCAUCCUUACUCCAACCGACGUUACUGCCUCGAGUCCAUCCGGCGUUGUUCGUGCUGUAUGCUUUACACAACAAGAGGGAAGACGACAUGUAUUGGAGACGACUCCUCAAAUGGAAUAGACAGCCAGAUCUCACUCUCAUGGCGUUCUUGGGUAUCGACCAAAAAUUCUGGGUUGGCUACGCUUGCCCACCCAACCAACUGUCUCCAACAUCACCCAUGAAAGAGCAACUCUUCCAGGAGGCAGUUGAGACGUUACAGCAACUAAAGACAACGUUCUCCCCCAUCGAGAAGUUAUUAGUUAUAAGAAGUACCUUUCAAAAGAUGACCAUAGCCGUACAACAGGAACUAGGACAAAACUACCUCUGGAGUAUGGAUGAGCUGUUUCCAGUGUUUCACUUUGUGGUGGUUCGAGCGAGGAUACUGCAACUCGGGUCUGAGAUACAUUUCAUAGAGGACUUCUUGGAGCCUGGUAUGCAACAUGGCGAGCUCGGACUUAUGUUCACUACCCUCAAGGCGUGUUACUUCCAAAUCCUACAAGAGAAGAUGUCGAUGAACUAUUAA